UUAACGUAUUUCACUUAAUUAACUGAGUUACUGAAAUAAACUUCAAUAAUAUUAAAAUUUACUGACUGGGUCUGAGAAUGGAAACAGGAUGUUCUUUUCUUAUGAAAGCAAAUUAUAUCUUGUUAGCAAGGGGAAAGUAGCUAACUUUAGGAUUUUAAAGUUAGCUACAAAAAAGAUGAAAAGAAAAACAAACUUGAAUGGAGACAGAAGUUUUAUCCAAAGUGAAAACAUGGAUUAAUUUUCAGCAUUACUGCCAUGUUAACAAGAUGUAAGAGGAGUGAGUGUAAAAAUACAUUCAUACUUCUACCCACUCCUUUGAACAUGCAGAUAUACUUUACUGUUCCUUUGUGUGUUUUUCUGUUGUUUUACAUUUGUUUUAGUUGUAAAUAACGUUUAUUCUUUUCUUACACUACCCUCAAUAAAGUCCGUUUUGUAGUGGGACAAUGGAGGAGAUCUGGCUGAUGUUUCAUGAAGCUUCAGACGGUGUUGGAGAGGCGUUGAGCUGCAGCUGCUCUCUGUAAAUGUUGCAUGAUGACCCAGACACUACAACUUAACAAAGGAUAACUUCUUUCUUUUGGAUCAAGCUGCAUGCUCCCCUUACCUAAAACACACUGAAAAUGUUUUGAGAAAAUUGGCAGAGAAGAAUUACAACAAAGUUUGUCAAAACUCUUGAUCAGUUGAUGAACAGUCCUAGUUUAAAGCGCCGUCUCUGCUUUCUCUCUCGUUCAUGUUGUUUUUAAUUUUUCCUUUUUCAUCUUUGUAAUGAAUAUAAGUGUUUGCUCUUGUACAGAUUAAUUCAGUUCUUUGUUGAUAAAUCAGGAAUUAAAUUAACCCCAUAUUUGGCAGCUGAGUUCAGUUUUCUCUAACCACACUCCAUGCGAUGGUCUGGGUCUGAUUUGUUGCUUCAGGACCUUCAUAAUUUGCUCUAAUUGAUGAAUAGAUGAAUUCUACCCAAAGCAGAAGAAAUCAGUAAAUACUUUAUGCAUUGCAUAAAUUCACAGCUACUAAACUGAAUCAGUAAAUUACAAUUUUAUUACUGGAAAACAAACACCUCCUCCUGCAGGAUAUGAGACAUGGAGUGUUCGUUUCUUUUAUGAUGUGCAGCUACGCCACGGAUAACGUAAGAUAAUAUUUUCCAUAAACUAGAGCACAAAGUUCAAGCCUUCAGUGGGAAAGUAGCCUGUGUCUGACUCGUCAAGGAAAAACUACAAUGCCGGUAGUGAAAUGUGUAGCGGUGGGAGACAGUGAAGCUGAAAAAACGGCCUUAUUGAUCGCCUACACAAGAGGCUGCAAUCCUUCAGAAUAUGUGCCAACAGUUUUUACCGACUAUGCAGUCACAGUAAUGAUUGAUGGACAGCCCUAUACUCUUGGCCUGUUUGACACAGCAGGUCAGAAUGACUAUGACAGACUGCGACCAUUAAGUUACCCGAAAACAGACGUGUUUCUUGUGUGCUUCUCCGUUGUUCACCCAACAUCUGUUGAAAGCGUCAAAACAAAGUGGGUUCCUGAGAUUUCUCACCACUGUCCUGGCACACCGUUCCUGUUAGUGGGCACACAGACACACCUGCGAGGCGACAGCCACACAGUCCAGGAGCUGGUGAAGACCAAACAUUGCCCCGUCUCCCCCCAGGAUGGAGAGAAGCUGGCCAGAGCGCUCAGAGCGGUCAAAUAUGUGGAGUGCUCCAUGAUCACACAGGAAAGCGUUAAGACGGUUUUUGACGAGGCCUUACUGGCAGCCCUGGAGGUCCCUAAAGUCAAAAAGAAGAGGUUGUGUGUUGCUAUCUGAAGCAAGGCCAGCAGUAUGAGAUGUAAUGCUGCACACAUUUGGUGGGACUUCUGAACUGGAGGAAGUUAUGAAAUCAAACUUCCCAACUGGGAUGUGAUAAAUGUGCACCUUAGCUGCUGUUUCUGUUUGCAGAAACGCCUGUGACGAACUUUAAUCCAAAUGUGCCUGAUUGACAUGUGACGUUGUAAACUUGAUCACAUCAGUGUUUUCUUUCUGGAGAAAAAAAAAAAACAGAAGACAGAAGAAGAAGGUUUCUAUUUGAUAUUUUUAUUACAGCCACUACUUUUGAAUAAAUUACUUCAUAUGAGUUAAUAUUUAUUCAGUUUGAAUGUAGGGUUAUGAGUGUGACAGUUUGGGUUUCAUCUGUUGGUUUUUGUUUUUUUUCACCCUUUGUCUCAUGUGUCACCGCCUUCUUUUAUUUUUAUGGUGGUUGGAAAACAACUUAAGGUGCAUUACUGCUGUCUCUGUGUCACCUCCUUCCUCUGUAAUUAUUUCCAGCUGUUCCUUAAUUACCCCGGUGUGUAUACAUGUUCUCACCUGUGUUAUUGUUCCCUGUUGGAUUGUUACAUCAACCUCUGCUCUGCCCUUUUGUGUCGCCAGCGGCUACUGCAAGUCUUUUAGGCAUUAUUAAAUUACUUUUCUUUAAUAAAGGAUAUUGUGAAUAAGUUAAA